CGAGCAUUCUUGUCCGACUCUCGAAUCUUCCUUGCCCUGUCUUGACUCAGAUACCAUCACCGACCCGCAAUCGUGAAAGACUCGCAGCUUUUGAAGGCUCAUUCGAAUGUCCGACCGUGCUCAGCUUUGAUCCGAAUAGGAUCAACUCGUGCGAAGGACCCACCCACGGCGGAAGCGACGACCGUCUCAUGGGAUGCACCUCCCCGCGAUUACCAACAUCUGACAUCUCAGUCCUGAGCACGAGAGCCGAGGCAGCAUGUCAUCGUAUCUGCAAUCUGUUCGCUCUUUUGCUGAGCGCAGGGCAAGAUCUUUGGUGGCUGUCGGUGCCUUCGUCGGCGGGGUGUAUGCUCUAGGCACAUAUGCGAUCUCCACACUUGCCGAAGCUCAGAAACGCAUGUCAGAUGAGAAACGGGACCGAGAAAACCUGAAGCGACGAUUCGCUCAGAAUCAGGACGAUGUCUCCUUCACAGUCUUGGCGCUGCUGCCAACACUGGCUGAUCAGCUGUGGUCGAGCAUGGAUGUGGAGGGCUUGACAGCAGAGCUACAAAAGAGCAGGGUUACUGCUACGCCUGCCCCUCUCGCAGCAAAGGAGGAGAUUAUUCAUGAAAAUAGCGAGAUGCCAUCGUACGCUGCAGCGGCGAGCACAAUAAAAGUCGAGGGAGACGACUUUGUCAAACCGCAAGCGGAAGAGAUACCGGUAGCUCCGACAAGCAACGACGAGGCAUCUGCCACGACGUUCCUACAUGGGGCAGCAGCGGCACGUACAAGUGACGAGCAGCCUUUGUCCAGCAGCAAGGGUGGGGUCGAGGGCAAUGCUCCAAACGGUAGCCCGUCAUACGAUGCUGGCUCGGAGGCCACUGAUGACGCCGCAGCCUCUGCGCGUCCCACUCUGCCAAAAGGUAACAGUAGCCUGGACUCCAUUUCGGAGCCCGCACCCCAGCCUAUCAAUCCCACCGCUCGUUUGACACCAAGUCCUCAACCGAGCACAUCAGCGACACCUCUGAGGUCACCGCCUUCGGAACAAGAAGGGGCCGCCGUGCAGAAUUCAGGAAUCGAUGGCCAUGCUGAGGCGUUCGCUCAAGCUAUUCAUGCCAACGAGGCGAGACCGUACGAUCUAGAGGGCAGCGCAGGCAAGGCUCCUAUCGUGGGAGGGGAACAGCAGCCGUUCGCCUCACAACAAUCGCAGCGUUCGGACACAGAAUUGGAAAAGGCGGCCAUGCCUUCGAUUGCAAAUUCAGAGCCGACCGAGCAUGAUGCUUCGGAGGAUAGGCGAGCGCACGAGGCGUCUGCUGCACAAGCCGCUUUGUUAGAGGAGCAGAGAAAAGCAGACGCUGCAGCGGAGAAAAAGGUCAAACUCGAGCUUUGGAACGAGCUGAAGAUCGCUGCGAUCUCAAGGACGGUUACCUCGCUAUAUGCUCUAGUCCUGCUAACACUGCAGACCUCAAUCCAACUGAACGUUCUCGGAAGGAGAGCCUACCUCGAAUCUGUAUCCUCAAUGUUUCCUCUGCCGCCAGCACCCAAGAAGGAAGGAGUACCGCACCGCAUCUUGUUGGAGCCCGGAGGACAAGGGACUGGGGCUGACGGUUGGGGCAGAUUUGAUGACGAACAUCAGGAUUCUGAUGACGAGGGAGAGAGCGCGAAUGACGAGCGAGCGAAGAAUGGAGCGGAAGAAACCGAGAGGCUCUUUCUCACUUUUAGCUGGUGGUUGCUGCAUCGAGGCUGGAAGGAGUUGGCUCAGACUGUGGAGACAGCCGUCAAGGAUGUGUUUGGCCCACUUGCCCUCAAAGCACCGCUCAUGCAUGGAGAGUUCAUUGAGCUGCUUCGCGAGGUCCGCAGCAAGGUCGAGUACGCAGAGAGAUCGUCAGAACGCGAAAUGAAGGAUAGCAUCAGCGAGCUGAAAAGCGAGCCCAGUGCUUUUAGCGGUGUCAGCUCUCUGCGAGGUGGCCGCGGCAGGCGGAAAAACUUCUUUUCAAUCUUGUUUCCGGCGACGGAAGACGAGGAGAUCGACGUGUUGCUGCAGGCAGGAGCGAUCGACUAUGCUGCUCCCUUGUCUCCCAGUCUGAGGUCACUCCUUGACGAAACGCACGAUCUAGUCUCGUCGCGAGACUUUAGAUCCGUCAUGCGGCUCUCUCUCGACCGCGUCUUCAAUGUCCUCGACGAAUCCUUGAGACCGACGUUUGGCGUGGCUCCUCGAGACGCUCCUAGCAACGUCGUCACCAGCUUGGAAGCUCCUGGCGGACGUUUUCAAGAACUUGGAGAAGUCGACGAUGAAGGCAAGCGGGUCAGACUCGCUGCUCUAUUCCCGGCCGUUGCCAGACAAAGUCAGCUGGCUGUGCACGCUGUUCCAAAUUCGUACGCAGACGCAUUGAGCGAUCUGAGCGAGCUGAAAGCAUUCUCUGCUGUAAUUUACACUGGUUGGGAUGCAUGACUCGACACGCAUGGACACGUCUUGAAACACAGUAAUGGAGCAUUUUUCUCGC